AUGUUUCUCUUCGGUCUCGGGAAACUCUUCUACGUCGGAUGGGGCCGCACCCAGGCCGACCCUGCCUUCGGCACUUCGCAAGAUAGCACCAGCAUCAAAGCUAAAUCCGUGAACCUGAUCGCGAGUGUGCGCACGGUUAUGCGAAUACCCCUCAUCGUGAUCAAUACGACCAUCAUCAUCUACGAGCUUAUCCUUGGGUGA